AUGAGUAAUUUGAUAAUAAUUAUGGCCAUAUUCGUGCAGAGGCAAAUUCUUCGACUUCGUAAUAAUAGCGCCAGGCAACGGCCGAAUGUCUCAUUACGACCUAUAUCUAAAAAGUCAUGUAUCGGCAUCGAGCAGAUGUUGGAGGCAGUGGGAACAAUGCGAAAGUCGUAUUUGCCGCGGCUGACGGAUUGUACGACCAUCGGCCAACGUAAGUCGUUCAUUGCUUAUUGGCUUAGUGUUUUUCAAUCGUUGUUUUCGAUUGAGCCACGCAUUUUUAGUGGUCUUAUAGUCGCUAAAAUUUCGCUAUUAUUUUUCCUAAUUUAUUCUGUGUUGUUCAUUCCUCUUCUGUCACUUGUUUAA